CGAUGACCAAAUAUUCACAUCAACGUCUUGCAUCCUCCGCACUUGUGCUUCUCCGCAUCGAUGGAUUGGGAAGGGCUCAGCAAUGCAUUCUACUCUCAAUUUGGCCCGAUAGCAAGUGCCGUUAGUGAUACCGUUGACAAGGCACUAUCUCAGUUGGCACAAUGGACUGCCGAAGGCUCAUCUUUUCGACUUCAACCCCACAACGGGAGUCCGUUCACAGGUAUUGCUCAAACUACACCGUCACAAGUGAAAAUGGCGAGCGUGACCACUGUUGACCUACUGAGACUCGCUACGAGUCUGCCGUACGCGGGGCAGAUCUCGAGCUUUAACGCGGGCAUGGCGAACUUGACCUUUCAAUUGUUUGACAGUUCGUUCGCCUCCAUUCUAGGCCCAAAUGCAUCGUGGCGCAUGAUCGCGAACGAAAGUUACCAGGCCUUCCAUGAAGCCGGCGUGUAUCAUCAAGACACGAAGAGCUUGUACAUCGCGUCAAACUGGGCAAACGACUUCUCGAAUCCGAUCAAUGUUUCCAUUCUGAACCUGGAGGACUACUCCCUUUCAUCAGAGCGGUACGAGGGCCUUGCUUCGCCUAACGGAGGGACGACCUACGUGCCGCCGGGAACGACGGAGAAGCCCCAGUUGAUCUUUUGCGACGAAGGCGAUUUUGAGGUUGCCAGUGCUCUAACAAUCGUCGAUCCGGUUGCAAAAACCACCAAGCAAGUUGUCAACAACUUCUUUGGACGCAACUUCUCUUCCCUGAACGACGUCCGCCAGCACUACGAAACAGGGGAUCUGUGGUUCACGGAUGCUCAGUACGGGUAUCUCCAAUCGUUCCGUCCAAGCCCAGGCAUACCGAACCAGAUAUACCGCUUCGAGCCGACGACAGGAAACCUGCAGGCCGUCGCCGACGGCUUCGUUCAGUCGAACGGCCUCGAGUUCUCUCCCGAUUUCAAAACGCUGUACGUCUCCGACACUGGCGCGCAGCUUGUCGAGCUUGGUCAGAAUUUCACUAGACCAGCGACCAUCUACGCCUUCGACGUUGUCGAUCAGAAGUACUUGCAGAACCGAAGGAUCUUCGCCUACGUCGACUCCGGGGUUCCUGAUGGCAUUCACGUGGACACCAACGGCAACGUCUUCUCAGGCUGCGGGGAUGGUGUCCAAGUAUGGAAUCCAGAGGGACGCCUGCUUGGAAAGAUCAGGGUCGAGAAAGGAAGCGCGAAUUUCGCAUUUGUCCCGGAGGGCAUGAUUAUAUUCAAUGAGUAUAGGCUGUUUCUAGUCACGAUGGCAGCGAGAGGACGAGAGCUAGCCAGAGACUUUGGUGCGUAAAGGCUAGUGUUUAUGACUGAAGACACCCAUGCGGAAUGCCAAGGCUGUCUUCUUCUGGGUGAAAAGGUUCAAGGCAUGUGCGUUAUGAAGACUUUAUUAUGUAUCGCUUUUCCGAUGAUGAAAAUGAUAGUGUCUUGGAUCGGAGAUGGAGUUUGCCCACACGUAAUACAAACGAUAUUGUUGAC